GGGGCCUACCCUGCCUCCCUCCAGACCAUAAUGAUACUACAAUUCAUCACACUUGCUCUGAUGACAGGACAUGUAAAAGGUGAGACCAGGAUCAUCAAAGGAUACGAGUGUGCUCCUCACUCCCAGCCCUGGCAGGUGGCCCUAUUCCAGAAGACACGGCUGCUCUGUGGGGCAACACUCAUCGCCCCCAAAUGGCUCCUGACAGCAGCCCACUGCCGCAAGCCCCAUUACCUGGUCCUCCUAGGCGAACACAACCUUCAGAAGCGGGAUGGCUGUGAGCAGACACGGACGGCCACAAAGUCCUUCCCCCACCCCAGCUUCAACAACAGCCUCCCCAACAAAGACCACCGCAAUGACAUCAUGCUGGUGAAAAUGUCCUCACCAGCCUUCAUCACCCGGGCCGUGCGACCCCUCACCCUGUCGUCACACUGUGUCACGGCUGGCACCCGCUGCCUCAUUUCCGGCUGGGGCACUACGUCCAGCCCCCAGUUGCACCUGCCCCACUCCUUACGAUGUGCCAACAUCUCCAUCAUUGGACACAAGGAGUGUGAGAGCGCCUACCCUGGCAACAUAACAGACACCAUGCUUUGCGCCAGCGUUAAGAAAGAAGGCAAGGACUCCUGCCAGGGUGACUCUGGAGGCCCUCUGGUCUGUGAUGGGUCUCUUCAAGGCAUUAUCUCCUGGGGUCAGGAUCCCUGUGCAGUCACUAGAAAACCUGGUGUCUAUACAAAAGUCUGCAAAUAUGUUGACUGGAUCCAUGAGACUAUGAACAGCAAUUAG